CUAAUAUAAUGAACCACAGGCGUAGUGAUUGGACUUAAUUGAAUUUUCCUUUACUUCAAUAAACUGGAUAGUGAAAAUUGAUUUAUAUAACUGAUUGUGUGUGUGUUUGAGUUUAACCAAUUAUUUUCUAAUAAAAGUAAAUCGUGAUUCUUUUUUUUUUACAACAUAAUAACUGAUAUAUUAAUUUAAUUUGAAACUUUUUUCAAAUCCCCCCUCACGAAUUGACAUUUCUUUUUAAUAAAAUGAAUUUUUUUUUAAUUAUUUUCUAUAUGAGUUUGAAUAACUUUUCGUUGGGAUUAAAUAAACAUUGGUUACCAAAUCAAGAAUGGAAUAGUGAAAAUAAUUGGAUAGAGGGACGUAUUCCCGAUUGGGAUAGUCAUAUUAUUUUCCCCUUGGAAAUGAGACAUGUCGCUGGACUACCGCCUGAGGGUGAUUUACGAAUGUCGACAAUAAAUUUACCUGCAGAUGGUGCUUUAAUUUUGCCAAAAAAUGGUAAACUUCAGAUAGUUGAUAAGGUGGGAAAAAAUGAAAAAAUUGGAACAUGGUCUAAAGAAGGACCAUUUUUUUGGGCUGAUCCACAAAAUUGGAAUUCAACAUCUGAAGCAGUACCACAUUUAGAGAGAGUUCCUUGUCAAAUGGAUAUGAUUGUUUUACCAUCUGAAAAUCGAGUUUUUAAUAUUCAUUUACCUAUGCAAACAGUUAAAGUCAAAGGCGUUCUAUUAAACAGCAAAGAAAUUUCAUUAUCUGAAUGGAAUUAUCAUUUAAACGAUAGAGAAUUUUCAAAUAAGAAAAAAACUGUUCGUUUCAGUAACUCAAUUGGAUGUGAACGUUGCUUAUGCCAAGAGGGAAAACAAAUUGAUUAUUUCGAAGAAGUUUGUGAUAUACAAAGACCAAGAUGUGGAAAUCCAAACUGUGAAAACGCUUUAAAGGUGGAAGGGCAUUGUUGUCAUUAUUGUGGCGCACGUUUAUCAUUUUCGAGUAUUGUUUAUACCCGCCUACUCAGUCGACUUACAAAUGAAGCACUGAAAUCAUAUCACGCUUCAAUUUCCUGGUACAUGAGAACGACGUGGGAAGGUGGUUUAGAAAUUCUUAUAGCAGAAAAAGGCCAAUAUACUGGAGUAAGCAGCCUAGAAGCCUUAAGAACUUUGAAACACUAUUUGAUAGAAGAGGGUGUUCAAAUAUUAUACACGGAAAAUUCUGGUGGACCUGUAAAUGUAAAUCGACUUGCUAGCGUCCUCGGACCUAUAUUUGGUGGACUCAUCUUUGCCCUUAUUUCUCUCAUUAUUAUAUUUCUCUACAAUGGAUAUUCUUAUGUUCAGAUACUUCAAGGAACUAGAGAAAUUUGGUUCUCAAUUCGUGACGGCGUUCAAACUAGUAAUGGAAAGGAGAAUUCUUAUAAGUUUGCACGUUUUCAAAAUUUUUCUGAAGGAGGCGUUCAACUGUCAGGAUGUGAUAAAUUGGAAAAUAACGUCGAUGACAAUGAGCCCUGUUCUUCUGGUGGAAGAUUUGAAAAUCCAUUGUACAAAUCAAAAAGAGAGUACAAAAAGGAAAUAAAUAUUGAAAGCACAAAGGAAAUUGACUUUAAUUCUCCAGUAAGUCUGAUGACAUUAAACAAACGAAUAGAAGGAGAGAAUUUGGAAGAAUUGAAAAUGACAAACGAAGAAAUAUCUGAAACCGAGCAAUGAUAUACUUAAUUUUUUAAAUAUGUUUAAACUUUAUUUAUAGAAAAAGGAAUAUUUAAUUGCAAACUAAAAGAAAUUUAUCUUUUUCUAGAAGUUUUAGAAUAUGGAUAUUAGAAUUAGAAUAAAAAAAUUUUUGACAUUGUGUGAAAA